AUGACGACGACAGCGCCGCCAGGCGCUGCUUCUGAGGAGCCGCUUCUCGAUCGCGAGGAACCAAGCAGCGUGUCCAAAGCAACGGAAUCACCAGCAGAAAGUUCUCGGGAAGCUCAAAGAACGCCUGCGGCGGCGGAUGGAGUCACGCCAGAAGCCGUAGCAUGUGGCGAGAAGCCGGAAAGUUCCUCCUUCAGUGGCAGCUCUGCUGAGGUGACCCCUCCGUCUGCGACUGCUGGUGCGGCACGAGCACCGUUAGGGCAGCAUGCGCCCUCCAACGCGAAUUCUCAUUCUUCGUCUCGCGAGGAUCCUGGUGGCAGCGUCUCUGGAUCCCCGGCGUCCUCAGACGACCCAGCAGCGGGUGGUGCACGGACAAAGAAGGGUAUGAGUAGGGAACUGCUGAAGCUUCUUUCUGGCAGUGGAAAUUCCUUUGAUGAACUCUGCUUCGCUUUCAGUCACCGUUCGCGCCACGCAUCCUCCGAAUCGCCUCUCCUCAGUUCGGUGUCAGGCCGAGGUCGGCGUAGAGAAGAGAGCAGAACAGGGACGAGCUGGCCGGAGACGAACAGCCGUGAACAGGGUUCUGUCUCUGACCCUUCGUCCUCAAGCGAUCCGGUUUCCGCGGGAUCUCGUGCUCCAGGUGGGCGUUCCGCUUCGACGUCGAAGAAACAGGAAGCGCGUGGUACGCGUGCGCCUGCAAAAACGGCUUCCACCUCUUCUGCGCACUCAAAGACGAAGACUGAGAAGCUUUCACCCUCUUCGCCGCGAGCUAGCAAGGGCGCCGCGCGCUCGGAAGGGGAAGCAAGUCCCACAGGCUGCGUGUGCGACGACGCGGAGACAGCGAAGGCCGUCGCGGCUGCGCUCGCAGCAGAGAUGGAGACGUGCCGCGAGUUGUCAAGUCUGUUGAAGAAUGGGAAAAAAGGCACUGACCAGGGCGUCGUCUCAGAGGAGAUUCUUCUGGCGCUGUCCGGUCAGAAAUCGCGACGGCCGACAAGGAGCUGUGCGGCUCCAGCGCAGCCCCAGGCGCAGGCGGCGCCAAAGGGACAGCGAAAGGGGAGGACUCACGUCUCCGCAGACGCUUGUGGCUCUGACUCGAACUCGAUGCUUGCGCGCUCUUCCCGCGCCCUUGCCUCGCCUGCCUCACUUGCUUCGCCGCCUUCUCUCGUGUCGCCGAAACACGGCACGUCUCCGCGAGCUCGUCAGAAGACUGGAUCGGCUGCGUCGGCGCGGCAGGCCCCGGAGACGAGCGCGGAGGCAGGCGGGAAGCGAGACGAGAAGGCAGGCGGGAAGCGAGACCGGAAGGCAGACGGGAAGCGAGACGAGAAGGCACAGACCGAUUCGAGGAGUGUCCUGGAGGACACAGACGAGGCGACACAGGCUGCAAUCGCCGCGCUGCUCGCCGAGGAAAUUGGAUCCUCGAAAGAGGCAGCAAAGCUUCUCGCGGGCGAGGGAAAGGUCCAGGCAUACGAGCGGCUCGUAGUGUCUUUCGCGGGAGGAAUUGGAAGUCGCCGGCGCACCACGCGGCAGCUGGCGACGCUGUCGGCAUCGACCGAGUCCGCGAGUGGGAAGGAGACCAGAGACAACGUCCCUGGAGAGAAAAGAGGCAAGAAAGGCAUCACGGCGAAGGGCGGCGACCGCGGCCAGGGUGAAGAUGCACAGAAGUGUUGUGCAGCCCCUUCCGCGAGUGCGUGUGGUGAAGCCGGCGGCAGGACGGGAGACAGGGGACAGCACAAAGACGCGAGGGGUGUGGAGGGCGAGGCCGAAGCGGGGAGGAGGAAGCAGAGAGGCGAGUCGGACGGCGUCAGCCGCCAGAGGAAGGCUGUCGCCGCGUUGCCAGACUCGCCGUCGGAGCGCAGAGAGGAAGAGAAGGCAGGGAGCGAUGGAAUUGUGAAAGAGGAUGCAGGGAGUAAACGAACGGCACUGCAGCGGGAGGCCGAGACAUCGGAGGAUGAAGCCCUGUGUCCCCAGAUGGGACGAAGAAUGAAGAGAGACAUCGUGAAGGCCGGACGGGUGGAGGAGGACCGGAAGAAGAGAGCAGCGCAGGAAAGCGACGAGGAGGACAAGUGGAAGGUGAAGGAGGCGAAGGGCCAGGCAAAGACGGGAGAAAAGCGAGGCCAGCAGGCGAAGAGGCGACGGAAAGUGCAGGCGAGGGAGGAGGAAGAGGGAGGAAAGAAUGAAGGGGAAGAAGGGAAGUCGGAGAGCGCGGGGCGACAGGAAAGACAGCGCGCCGAACCGGAACUGAAGAAGCGAGAACGGGACUUUGAAACGAAUGAAGGUGACGAAGGCCCCCUGAGGGACGAUGAAAAGAAGUUAACAGAGACAGAAGAGAGGCCGCAGCCGGUGCGCGCGACUAAAAGCGAUGAAGGCGAAGACAAACUGUCCCCUGCGAAGAGAGCCAGGAAACAGAUCAAGAGUUCUGAGGAGGAAGCGUCGACUACGGCCGAAGAGGAACAAGCAGUGAAGCAGGAAAUGGAGACGAACGGGACACUGCUAUUCGACAGUCCCAGGCCGGAGACAGCUGCUGCUGAAGACGGGCUUUUUUCGCGAAACAGUGAAGGCGACGGGGUCCCUCACGGCGAGGGAGAAGACGCAGCUGUCUCAGCAAGUCGACACUCCGAGACUGCGAGAGACGAACAGACGACACUCGAAGCAGAGUCGAGCGCGGGCUGCCGAACCCACGGCGAGUCGCGAGCGAGCGAGACCGGAAGGGCUACCAACGGAGGGGCUGAAGAAGCGCCAAGGACGGGGGAAGACCAGGCAGAGGAGAGAGAGGAGGUUGUUCAGAGCGCCGACGAGGGCGAAGAGACGAGCGACAGAAGGAGGCCCUCGCUGCCAACUUCAAGCGACAUGGAUGGACGGCGAUGCAGGGGGAAACCCGGUCGAAACCCAGAGGGCACAGGAACAACGCUCGAGGAGUCUGACGGUCAAGCAGGAGCACGCGAAGGCCGCGUCACGUGCGGAGAAGCUCGGCCUCUCAAGAUUCGAAAGAGAGUCAUCAAAGCGAAUGCCGCCGUCAACUUCACUUUGUGCGGAAUCUGCGGCGCGUUCGGCGACGUUCUCUGUUGCGACUUCUGCCCUCGCGUAUUCCACCCCGCGUGCCUGUUCAAGUACACCCCGCUGCGCGUCUUUGUGCCGGUCGAGCUGCGGGCCGCCGCCAACGCACUCUCGGCGUCCGCUGCGUCUUCGCCCUCGCCCGCGGCCUCCUCGCGGGCGACUCCGGCGCCAGACUGGGCGUCGCUGCCUCCGCCUCCGCCUCCUCUUCCGGGGUACCAGAGUCACUCCAGAGUGCGCGAAGAUGAGCGCGGCCGGAAAGCGGGCGGCGAGAAGCAGCGACGCUCGCCAGCGGCAGGCAGAGACAGCGAGGAAGACUCGAGUAUGCUCUGGAUGUGCCCAGAUUGCUACGGCGUGCCCUACUCAGCCAGUCGCCCUGUCGAGCAUCCCGCGUGGCGGAUCAAGUGCUUGGACUGGCGGCGAAUCGCUGAGGACGAGAGCAGCCUCUUUCUCUCGUUUCCCAACCUCGACGCCGUGCAGCCGUACUUUGGAGACGAAGACGCGUGGAGAAGUUUCCGUGACAGAAAGGGCCAGAAACUCCUCAAGCGGUCUGCGCAAAUCGCCAAGACGGUCGUCGGCGCGGCGGGGAAGGGAGGCGGAGACCGGCAGAUUCCCGCAAAGACCGUUUUCUUGCGACUCGCGGACUUCCCGCUGACGCCUGCGCGCCAUCUCCUGCAUGCAAUGGGCAAGAAAACUGCGCUGCAGGCCGUCGCCUUCCUCAAGAAUCUGCUUCUCCGUGUCGCGAGCUCCAGCAAGGAAGAAGAGCAAAUGAAUUUUCUGGAGUUUGGAGCCGAAGUCGCGUACCUUCUCACCAAUUUGCUGGGGUACUUGGGCGCGUCGAGACACCUCGUGGACCCUAUCGUCGACGCGGCCUCGUGCAUCCUUCUGCUCUGGUCAAAGCGGCGACGGAAGCUCGGCAAAGAAGCCAUCAUGACGGAUGAGGCUCUGAUCUUCUCCACCCUCGAGGCCUGCUGGGCACAGCUCGUUCUCCACCGGUACAGCACGACCUCAGGCCUGCGAGCGGCGCCCGCGACGCCGAAGACGACGCUAAGCUGCAGCCUGGGCGAGCAAAAGCUGUAUUACCGCGAGUGGAAGGAAGAGGUGGAGAGGUCGAUUGCGGCGAGUCGCCUCGAGUUCCUCUACUUCGACUUCCGUGCUGGACAGCUGCUCUACUAUGAUCUCUCCACGUGCCCUAACUGUGACAGAUCUGGAGGCGUCUCUGGGCGAUACGCGGUUUGCAGUCUCUGCAAUUUCCAUCUGCCGCCGGAGUGGGCCUGCGUCGACUUUGGGCGGCUCUUCGAGCAGCUCGUCUGGGGCAGCUUGAUGCAGCGUGCAGGCAUCAAUCCGUGCGAGGUGAAGAAAGGCCGCAGUUGCUGGGGCGGCUCUUCGCCCGUCGAGCAAAUUCUUCUCGAGAUGAAGAGCAGUUUAAGGCCCUGGCGCAACCGCCUCGACCUGGGGACGGAAGACUGGAAAAACCAAGUCUACAUGGUGGCGCAUGCACUGUUUGUCGUCAGCGGCUGGGGCCGAUAUCGCCUGGACUUGCGCGAACGCUUCUGGUUGCCGGACACCCGGUUUCUGCGCUUCGCGCUCCACGAGGCCAUGCUGAUUGGAGAUGUCGAACUGACAGGAGAAAUCUUGCAUUCGCUCCAUCUUUUCGUGGUGUCCGAGUCGCCUCGCCGUUUGAAUUCCGCCUCUUCGGCCGCUCUGAGCGGACCUGGAGACGGCGCAGCGGCGCGGCGGCCACCGCGAGUCCUGACUGAGGAGGAAGAGGAGGAACUGCAAGCGGAGCAGUUUGCGAUUGACUUGGCCAUUCAGCAUGGCAUUAUUUAUCUGCUGUACAGACAGUCAAAGUCGCACCGGGGAUGCUGGACUACCAAACAAGAUUCGUUCUACAAGACGUUUCACACCUCCUUCUGUGCAGCCAUAGGUCUCAUCCGCCCCCAUCGCGGGUCUUCUCCAAAGUCCUCUUCGUGUUCCUCGCAAACUCCCGUCGCCUUGCCGUCCUCCGCCCAGACCGUCGAUCGGACUCAUAGCGAGUGGCAGAGACUCUUCUGCUCUUCCUGGCCGGCUGCCUCCGUGUCCCUCGCCUCGCCCACCGCGGUCGACUUCCUGGGGGCGUCGAGAGCCGCCAUGCUUGGACCAGCAGUCUCCAGGGCGCGGCGGGCGGCCGACGACGCCUCCCCCGUCUUCCCUCUCUCUUGCGGGGCUCCACACUCUUUGCGGCCCAGAGGCAAGGACGACGUCGCCAUUCGAAUUGCCACAGUCAAGGUGUUUGUGAGACGGCCGUUGCGGCGCAUGUCCUCCUCUCUGUGGAGACGCCUGUGCGCGUCGUCGCUGGCUGCCUGUCGCAAUAGCAAGAAAUCGGUCAAGCUCUUUGGCGAGAAAGGCCUCCUUGGUCCCGACGUCUUCGGCAAGUCCGACGAGAUCACCGUCGGGGUCUAUUCCUUCCAGGGGAUCUGCUGCGUCUCCCUCGACGACUUGUCGACGCUUCUUCUCUGCGAACCGGCGUUUUUGGAGCACCGCGUUCUCGCCUUCAUUCGCACAGCCCUAGUCUUGCCAGUCGUUGACGCUCAGCAAGCUCGCCCGAAUCGCCACGUCCCUCCGGAGUUCCAUCGCUAUUUCACAGCGUUUGAGAACCGAAAUUGUCUGAACGGGGGCGAAGAGACCGCGCGCGCCUCCGUUUCAGCGUCCCCUGAGUCGCCGUCCUCGUCUGCGUGCGCAGCGGCCGACGAGAGACGAAAGGAGGACGACGAUCUCUCGCCAGGCAGCAGUGGACGCUUGGGCAGCGACGGCCGCGGAGGGAGCAAGGCGAGGGGAACGAAGAAACUCUUUUCCCUCCUCGAUCUGAAGGAACUACUGACGCUGCAGGCAAUGAUGGGCAUUGCGGAGGCUCUGGUUCUGCCGGUUGAGGAGAACAUCGGCGCGCUUCUUCGCGCAGUCGAGAGCCAAGUCUUCAAGCCCGUCGAUGUCCAAAAAGGAUAA